AUGACUACCUGCAUAAGCGCCAUCGAGGUUAACGAUAUCCGCUUCCCAACCUCGCGCUUCCUGCACGGCUCAGACGCCAUGAAUCCUGAUCCCGACUAUUCCGCCGCUUACUGCACCAUCAGAACAUCAGACGACACGCUCUAUGGAUGUGGACUUACCUUCACCAUUGGACGUGGUACAGAAUUAUGUGUGGCCGCAAUUCAGGCGUUAGCACCCAGAGUUAUCGGCCUUAAACUGGACGACAUCGAAGCAGACCUCGCGGGAUUCUGGAGGUCAAUUGUAGGUGACAGCCAGCUGCGAUGGCUGGGGCCCGAAAAAGGUGUUGUGCAUCUGGCUGCGGCAGCUGUGGUCAACGGAGUCUGGGACUUACUCGCAAAACGCGCGGACAAACCUCUGUGGCGCUACCUGACCGAUAUGUCGCCGGAACAGUUGGUCAGUGCCGUCGACUUUACCAACAUCCGCGAUGUUAUGGACGCUGAUCGAGCACUGGAUAUUCUCAAGCAACAAUUGCCGCAUAAAGAGGCACGUAUCCAAGAACUUGCCAGAAUAGGUCACCCUGCCUACACAACUUCAGCGGGGUGGCUUGGCUAUCCUGAUGAGCAGAUAGAAAAACUCGCACGGCAGGCAGCGGCUGAAGGGUGGCGAGCCAUUAAAAUUAAGGUUGGCCGGGACCUACAGGACGAUAUUCGCCGCUGCGCUCUGAUCAGGAAAAUACUGGGCGACGACCUGCUACUCAUGAUCGAUGCCAAUCAGGUCUGGGAAGUAGACCAGGCCAUUGACUGGGUUAAUACGUUGGCACCCUACAAACCACAUUGGAUCGAAGAACCGAUAAAUCCUGACGACAUCCUCGGCCACGCAAGAAUCAAACAAGCCGUCGCACCGAUAAAAGUUGCCACUGGGGAACACUGCCACAAUCGGAUCAUGUUCAAACAAUUUCUGCAGGCGGACGCCAUCGACUUUGUACAGAUUGACGCUUGCCGCCUGGGCGGAGUCAAUGAAGUACUUGCCGUCCUCCUGAUGGCGGCAGCCUAUGACAAACCCGUCUGCCCACAUGCAGGCGGGGUCGGCCUAUGCGAAUACGUUCAACACCUUUCAUACUUUGACACUAUUGCCAUAUCGGGCGGCAACAACGGACAGAUGAUUGAACAUGCCGGCCAUCUUCACGAGCAUUUCAUUGAUCCAAUCAGGAUCAGCAACGGGCACUACGUAAUGCCGGAGUUGCCUGGCUACAGCGUUGAAAUGCACGCGGAAAGUAUUCGGACAUACGAAUUUCCAAACGGGAGCGACUAUGGCUGGCUGUCACCUGCUGACAAGGUGUUGUACCGCGACUAUCUGCCUCCGGACCUUACACCAAUGCUUACGACACAUCAGAUUGAUGCAAGCAUUGUUGUGCAGGCGGCACCCACUGUUGAUGAGAGCAGAUUUCUCUUAAAACUCGCAGAAGCUUCAAACACCAUAGCGGGCGUAGUGGGUUGGGUUGAUAUGACCUCUGCAGAAGCAGUAAACGACUUGGAAGCGCUUUCAGAACACACCGCUUUUCUAGGCAUAAGGCCGAUGAUUCAAGACAUCGAGGACAGGGAUUGGAUGCUCAGCGAUGUUUUGCACCCAUCUUUUAAGAAGCUGCAAUCUCUGCAACUCACGUUCGAUGCUUUGGUGACGCCGGUUCAUUUGAGUUAUCUGCUUGAGUUAUUGCACCGCUAUCCCGAUAUGAAAACAGUGAUUGAUCAUGGCGCCAAGCCGGAUAUCGCAGCUGGCAACUUUCAGCUCUGGACUAAGGAUAUGAAACUGAUCGCAGAACAGACGAACGCCUACUGCAAGGUAUCCGGCUUGAUUACUGAGGCUGGCCCAAAGUGGUGCGACGAAGAUAUCUAUCCCGUUAUGGACCAGCUCUACAACUGGUUUGGUCCGCGCAGACUGAUCUGGGGCAGCGACUGGCCGGUGCUGAAUCUUGCAGGUAAUUACGAUCGCUGGUGGCGCUGCAUGAGCCAUUGGCUCGAACAAUUUCCACAGGAGGAGAGAGACCAGAUCAUGGGUACAAAUGCUGCAGAGUUUUACCUUAGCACUCAGGGUAUUGGCCGCGCAACCGCGGCAGCCUUUCAUGCCAACGGCGCCUGCGUCAUCGCAACGGAUAUCAACCCGGAACUGCUUGCAGCGCUGCAGAAUGAAUUUCCGGACAUGCGUUGCGAGCAAAUGGAUGUAACCAGCAGCGUCGACAUUUCCGCAGUUGCCUCGAAAUAUCCGGAUAUCGAUAUAUUGUUCAACUGUGCAGGGUUCGUAGAUCACGGCAGCUUGCUAGAAACAGAAGAAGACGCGCUGUCUCGCUCGUUCGAUCUCAAUGUGAUUUCCAUGUAUCGCACUAUCAAACAAUGGCUACCCAACAUGCUCUCAAAGGGGCGUGGGUCAAUUGUCAAUAUGUCCUCGGUGGCUUCUUCAGUUAGCGGCGUACCUGAUCGAUUUAUCUACGGCACAACCAAGGCAGCCGUGAUUGGCUUAACUAGAUCGAUUGCCGCUGAUUUUGUACAACAUGCAGAAAUUGCUGCACUGGCAGUUUACCUCGCCAGCGACGAAGCCAGCUUCACAACAGGCACCACCCACGUCAUCGACGGUGGAUGGUCAAAUUAG